AUGCCCAUGGAGAACGACAAUAGCAACGGUGCCAACGUCGUCGUCACCGCCGACCAAGCGACCAAGGUUAACGACUCUGAUGGACGUUUACCGGAGAAUCGGCAGAGCGGUGUUGUCCCAGACGCCGGAAGUGGAAGCGAGAAAGGAGAGGAGAUGGUGGAGACGGCAGUGGCGGUUGCCGUGGAGGAAAGCGGAUCGAAUUUGGUGGGAGAGCUACCUCCCCGAUCUUCCUCCGCUAGAGUUCCGUUCACUAAUCUAAGCCAAAUCGAUGCGGAUCUUGCUCUCGCUCGCACGCUACAAGAACAGGUUAUUCGAUGCUGUUUGGGAUUUCCUGGUGCUUAUUCUCAUGGAUACGCGGAAUAG